UCCGUUGCUACACUACACCCAUCACUCAACGUUCUUCCCAUUCGCCGCGUGGCUUAAACGACAUCGUUUAAACAAAUAAUUCCAGUUUUGUACAAAAAAAUCACCCAUAUAGGUUUUCCCAAACAAAAGAAAACCGAAACUGAAAAAAAGCGCUUCCAAAUCCAAAUUACUUAACAAACGCGCUUUUCCCAUCAUCACCAUCAUCACCAUCGUCGUUUUCUUCAUUCCUUAAUCACUUCUCACAUUACUGGUGGUGUUGAUGAUUGGACUCAAAGCGAUUCACCAAAACCUUAUUCACCUAACAUAACAUGAUCAAGUUCAACCAUUCAGAAUAAACUAUUUUCGGUGGUUGCAUAAUUUGGUAUCACUGUGAGCAAAUUAGGGUUUUGUAUUUUUCUGCAUUUUCAGAUGACGGAUUGUAACGAUGACUGUGGCGGUGAAUUGAAAAAGGAAGUGGUUUCAGACCUCACUAUUAUCAUCGAAGCUGAUGAUAACAAAGGUGACUAUAUCAAAUUGAGCUCUGAUGAGUCUUUACCACCGAUUACUGUGGCGGAGGAGUGUUCUCCGCCGUCGAGAAGAUCCGGUGUGUGGUAUUGGGUGAAAAUGGUGUUGUUGUUUUUGUGUUUAGGGUUUUCGGCUGUUGCUGUGAUCAAGUGGGUUGGACCUUUUCUCAUAGACAAGGAGGUUAUUCCAAUAAUAAAUUGGGAAACAAAGACUUUCAGUCCUCCAGUGCUUACUAUUUUGUUGUUUGCUUCAGUAGCAAUUUUCCCAACUAUACUUUUGCCAUCUACACCUUCUAUGUGGGUAGCUGGAAUGACACUUGGUUAUGGAUUUGGGUUCUUGCUAAUAAUAUCUGCAGCGGCUAUUGGUGUAUCGCUUCCUUUUAUCAUUGGCUCGAUUUUCCAUCAUAAAAUUGAAGGAUGGUUAGAGCAGUAUCCAAAGAAGGCUUCUAUUCUAAAAUCAGCUGGUGCAGGAAACUGGUUUCAUCAAUUCCGAGCAGUUGCCUUAAUCAGGAUUUCUCCAUUCCCUUACAUGGUCUACAACUAUUGUGCUGUGGCAACGAAUGUUAAGUAUGGGCCUUACAUAACUGGAUCAUUGGUUGGAAUGGUGCCAGAAAUAUUUGUUGCAAUCUAUACGGGAAUUUUGAUUCGGACAUUGGCCGAUGCUACAAAUGAAAGCCAAUCUCUAACUGCCCAGCAGAUCAUUUUCAAUGCUUUAGGCUUCUGUUUAACUGUGGCUACAACCGUCAUUAUCACAGUUUAUGCCAAGAGACGGCUCAAGGAGUUGCAGGAGGAGGACAAGAUGUUGUUGCAAUAGUCCAGUAGUUUUAGUCUGGACUUUGAUCGUUUCCAGUAUGAAGCAGCUUUUACUUACUGAUGAUAUAUAUUAUACUACUGGCAAGUGGUGCUCAUUGCACUGCUGGUAGAGUUUUUACUUAUCUUAGUAACUUCGUCCAUUGGAAGGGUUGGCCGACAAAUGUACUAUAAAUGGUGGGAAGGUUUAACCAAGUAUUUCAAAGGAACAAUCUAACUUGACUGCAAAAAUCAUUUACAAACAAUAAUAGUUUUCCUUUUCUGUGCUUCUACAUCACUGUACAUUAAUUUAUUUAUAGGAUUUGAUUUGAAGUCGA